AUGGUCUUUCAUACACCACAAUACAAUCUCUUUGGCACUGGCUUUAAGUUGCGGGCGGCCAUCACCAUAGCCUGCCAAUGCGCAUUCGUGCUAUUCGGCUACGACCAAGGAGUAUUCGGUGGCAUCGUGGGCAACGCGAACUUCCUCGAUCAGUUUGGGCACCCCAGCUCCUCGCUCGAGGGUAUCAUAGUGUCUAUUUAUAAUCUCGGCGCAUUUUCGGGAUGUAUAUUGGCAUUUAUAAUAUGCGACAAGACGGGCCGGCGGCUCGCCAUGUGGAUAGCCAUGUGUUUCAUCAUCGUCGGCGCCGUACUACAAGCCUCGGCCUUCUCUGUUCCUCAUCUGAUGGUCGCCCGUUACAUUACGGGGAUCGGAACAGGUAUUGAAACCUCAACUGUGCCCAUGUAUCAGUCCGAGUUGUGCGAGGCCGAGAAACGUGGGCGGCUCGUAUCGUCCGAGCCCCUCUUCGUGGGAGUCGGAAUCGAAAUUGCCUACUGGUUUGACUAUGGCAUGUCUUUUGUGCCGGGCUCCAUCGCAUGGCGACUGCCUAUCGCUUGCCAGAUGAUUUUUGCCUUCCUCGUCAUUGCGCUGGUUCUUGGCCUUCCAGAGAGUCCUCGGUGGCUUUACAAACAUGGUCGCAACCAGGAAGCAUUGGAUGUUCUUUGCCAGGUCUACGAAAGACCGCCAGACCAUCCGAAGAUUGUCAAGGAACAGAACGAUGUCCUCGAUGCUCUGAAGGUUGAGCAAGAGCACGGCGAAUACAAAUGGUCCCAGCUCUUCAAGAAGGAUGAGGUGCAGACGGGGCGCAGGGUUUUUCUGGCAUAUGGCAUGCAAUUCAUGAACCAAAUGGGUGGUAUUAACUUGAUUGUAUAUUACAUCACGUCUGUUUUGCAGUUCAAUGUGGGACUAGACCGUAACCUAGCUUUAAUCCUCGCUGGAGUGAUUAAUGCCAUGUUCUUCUUGGGGUCGUUGUUCCCAACAUUCUUCUUGGAUAAGUAUGGACGCCGCAAACCCAUGAUGUGGGGAUCCCUUGGCCUGGGAAUCUCGAUGAUGAUGGUAUCUAUUCUUCUGAGCUUUCAGAGUAGGGGUGGUGAUGUCGCCAAAUCAACUGCGACGGCCAGUAUCACGUUCUUCUUCACCUAUAUGCUCAUCUUUGGAGCAACGGCCAAUUGUAUACCUUGGGUUUAUGUACCGGAAAUUCUGCCUCUCCAUGUUAGGGCAAAAGGGACAGCUGUCGGAGUCUCCUCAAAUUGGCUCUGGAACUUCUUUGUCGUUAUGAUCACGCCGACGCUCAUCAGUAAUCUGGCGUGGAAAGGGUACCUCAUUUUUAUGGCACUCAAUUUCGCCUUCAUCCCUCUCGUGUACUUCUGCUACCCAGAAACGUCAAACUUGACCCUCGAGGAGAUCGACUGGUUGUUUCUCGAACCUCAUGCCGUCAAAAGAAGUAGGCAUAUCUCCAAGCACGGAUGGGGAGGCGAGUCCGGUUGGGAAAGGCGCAGGAGCUCUCUGGUCGCAGGUUCGGUCGACCAUAAGCCUGACGCAUCACAGGUGGAGAAUAGCGAUGAUAUCAAGGCCGAAACCACCUCUUGA